AUGUCCUCCAAGGAAAAGUUCAGCUCUUCUCAGUAUACGCCUCUUUCGCUACACGAAGAUGGCGAGAGCUCCAGCUCAAGUCUUGAGAAGCGCUCCUCCUCUGAGGACGACCACUCUGCCCCCUUGUUGGAAGCCUCAGACAACCUCUCCGGCCUCGCGCCAUCUAAGCCCUCUCAAAUGCCCAAGCUGGUCCUCUACUUCUCCUUCGCCCUAGCACUACUAUCAGCUGUGAAUGUCGCUCUCCUUCCCAGUACACUAUCAAAGUAUCAAGCCUACCCAUUAUCGGACUCUGAAAUCGAGGCCCUCCCCAAUGGCGAUUCUAGGGUGGGAUUGGACAGGGUGGCGAAAUUCAUGCCUCCUCCCCAAGUCUAUAACCACGCUUGGCCGGAUAGAAUUGCACGGGUGAGCCGUAAAGUGAAGAAUGCCGUGUUCGGUAACGGAGUGCAGGUUUAUGUUAGUGUCGAGCUGCUGACACAAGAGAAGGACUCGACAAUUAUGCGCUUCCCCAUCCCCUCCACUGGCGCCAACACCUGUGCACUCUCCUGGCGGCCGCCUCCGGAGAUCUCCGCGCGUACCAAGGACCUCACAACUAAGGGAGAUGUAACGGAAAUCGAAGUUUGGCAGCUUAUCGCACCCUCGGCCACCUCAGCCACCGUCUCGACUAUGGACGAGCUCGAUUAUGAUACCUUAUCGUAUUCGACACUUCCCGUGCGCGGAGAGCUGCUCGGCGUGCUAGACCUCACAGCCAAGCCAAACAGCACAACAGUGGAUUUCGCUUGUCCAACCGGGGCGGAGAGUCUAGUGGUGGAGAUGAGGUGCCAACGCGUGGCGUGUCAUGUGGACUUUAUGCAGAUUGAUAUGGUGCCGAAGUUUGGAUUUGAGUUGGUGAGAAGGAGGGAAUGA